GCUAAUUAUCAGUCAUAAAGUCAGGACGUAUUCUGCGCGUAAAAAUGAGAUUUCAUUUAAUUUACUUGCUGGGUUUGCUCAGUGUGUCAAGUUUAACCCAUGGUGGCAAUCUGAUCUGUUAUUAUGACUCGGCCUCGUAUUUGCGCGAAGGUCUGGCCAGAUUGCAUACGAGCGAUCUGGAAUUGGCCAUGCAAUUUUGCAGCCACUUGGUUUACGGAUACGCGGGACUGAAAGCGGGAACCCAUGAGUUAUUCAGCUUAAAUGUGGACCUGGAUAUGUUCUAUUACAAGGACAUUACAGCCCUGCGUCAGAAGUUUCCUGAACUGAAAAUUCUCCUCAGUGUUGGCGGCGAUCACGAUGUGGAUCUGGCUCAUCCCAAUAAGUAUAUAGAGCUUCUGGAGGCAAAUCGCACGGCCCAGCAGAAUUUCAUAGAUAGCAGCAUGAUCUUGCUGAAAAGAAAUGGUUUCGAUGGCCUUGAUCUGGCUUUUCAGUUGCCCCGCAAUAAGCCCAGAAAAGUACAUGGAUCUAUUGGAACCUAUUGGAAGUCGUUCAAGAAACUGUUUACCGGUGACUUUAUAGUAGAUCCCCAGGCGGAAGAGCACAAGUCACAGUUCACCGAUCUCGUGGGGAAUCUGAAAAAUGCUUUCCGAUCUGCCAGUCUAAUGCUUACUUUAACUGUCUUGCCCAAUGUGAAUUCCACUUGGUACUUUGAUGUCCCCAAACUUCAUCCCCAGUUCGAUUAUAUUAACCUGGCUGCCUUUGACUUCCUUACCCCCUUGAGAAAUCCCGAAGAGGCCGACUAUACAGCUCCGAUAUUCUUCCUGGACGAACAGAACCGCUUGCCUCAUUUGAAUGUUGAAUUCCAGGUUAAUUACUGGCUGCAAAAUCAUUGUCCCGCCCAGAAGUUAAACUUGGGUAUAGCUAGUUAUGGCAGGGCCUGGAAAUUGACCAAGGAUUCUGAACUGAGUGGAUAUCCAGUAGUUCACGAGACAUUUGGAGCUGCUCCUGGAGGUCAGCAAAUCAAGAGUUCCGAGGGUUUGCUAAGUUGGCCAGAGAUUUGCGGCAAAAUAUCGCAGAAUUCAUCAGCCCUGUAUCGAGGAGAACAGGCGCCCCUCCGCAAGGUCACUGAUAUCACCCAGAAAUACGGAAAUUACGCCCUUCGUCCGGCGGAUGAGAAUGGAGAUUAUGGUUUCUGGGUGAGCUUCGAUGAUCCGGAUUUUGCUGGAAUUAAGGCAGGAUAUGUCAGGGGCAAAGGACUCGGCGGAGUUGCCGUAUUCGAUUUAAGUUACGAUGACUUCCGGGGACUUUGCACUGGCAUGAAGUUCCCCAUUGUGCGAUCCAUAAAAUACUUCAUGGGCUGUCUGGGCAAGCUGCUCAAUCCCGAUCUGGAGAUCGCCUUGCAAUUCUGCAGCCACUUGAUAUACGGCUACGCGGGACUACGGAAUGAAAACCUCCAGGCGUACAGUCUGAACGAGAACCUGGAUGUCUACAAGCAUCAGUUCUCCGAGGUGACUGCCUUUAAGAGGAAGUAUCCCCAUCUGAAGGUUCUGCUGAGUGUGGGCGGUGAUCGCGACAUCGAGGUGGAUAAUCGCAAUAAAUAUAUCGAGCUUCUGGAGGCCGAGAAGGUUCGUCAAGUGGGAUUCAUCCGAUCGGCGUUUGACUUGGUCAAGAACUACGGCUUUGAUGGCUUGGAUCUGUCCUAUCAGUUCCCCAAGAACAAGCCCAGGAAGGUUCACGGAGACUUGGGGUUGGCCUGGAAGAGUAUCAAGAAGUUAUUCACUGGGGAUUAUAUAGUGGAUCCCAAGUCCGAUCUGCACAAGGAACAGUUCACCGCUCUUGUUAGGGAUGUCAAGGACUCCCUGCGAAAUGAUGGAUUCCUGCUCAGUCUCACUGUACUACCCAAUGUUAACUCUACUUGGUACUUUGACAUUCCCGCUCUGAAUGGCUUGGUGGACUUUGUUAAUCUGGCCACCUUUGACUUCCUGACUCCUGCUCGUAACCCCGAGGAGGCGGAUUAUAGCGCUCCCAUCUACCAUCCCGAUGGAUCGAAGGAUCGCUUGGCGCAUCUCAACACUGAGUUCCAGGUUGCCUACUGGUUAAACCAGGGAUUCCCAGCGAAUAAGAUCAACGUGGGUGUGGCUACCUAUGGAAAUGCCUGGAAACUAACCAAGGACUCGGGUCUCGACGGAGUUCCAGUGGUGCCUGAGACCAAGGGACCAGCUCCCGAGGGUGGCCAGAGCCAAAAGCCAGGUCUACUUAGCUAUGCCGAGAUCUGCGGAAAGUUGUCGAAUCCCCAGAAUCAAUUCCUCAAGGGCAACGAUUCGCCUCUGCGAAGAAUUUCGGAUCCCACCAAGAAAUAUGGUGGCAUUGCCUAUCGCCCCGUAGAUGGUGCAAUAACCGAUGGUAUUUGGGUGAGCUAUGAUGAUCCCGAUUCGGCCUCCAAUAAGGCAUCCUACGUACGUGCCCAUAACCUUGGAGGCGUGGCCCUGUUCGAUCUGAGUUAUGAUGAUUUCCGUGGUCAGUGCACGGACUUAUCAGUGGGUGCAGCCAUAAAUAGUCGUGGCUUAGCCUAUUUAAACUAUGAAUCGCUCUCUGGGUUUAUCUCUCUCUCUGCAAAGAUGACUGGCUCUCUGUGGCUCAGUUUGGCACUGAGUCUGGCUGUUUUGGCUCAAUACCAAGUGAGCGCCACCUCUAAUCUGGUUUGUUUCUACGACUCUCAGGGUUUCCAGCGUCAGGGCCUGGCUCAGUUUUCGAUGACCGAUAUAGAGCUGGCCCUGCAAUUCUGCACCCAUUUAAUUUACGGUUAUGCGGGUGUUAAUGCCGACAACUACGAAAUGCAGAGCAUUAACAAGAGAUUGGAUCUAGAGCAGCGUCAUCUGGCACAGAUCACCAGUUUGAAGGAUCGCUAUCCCCACAUCAAGUUCUUGUUAAGCGUUGGUGGAGAUGCCGAUGCGAACGAUGGGAACCAGUAUAUUAAACUCUUGGAGUCGGGACAGCAGGGUCACAGGCGCUUCAUCGAAUCUGCUCGGGAUUUAGUCAGGCGUUAUAAUUUCGAUGGUCUGGACUUGGCCCUCCAACUACCCAGGAAUAAGCCCCGUAAAGUUCACGGCGAUGUUGGUUCUGCCUGGAAGAGUUUCAAGAAGUUCUUUACCGGCGAUUAUAUCGUGGAUACCGAAUCGGAAACCCACAAAGGUCAGGUGACUGCCCUGAUCAAGGACCUGAAUGCCGCCCUGAAACAAAAUAAUCUGCUGCUCAGUCUCACCGUUUUGCCAAAUGUUAACUCAAGCUGGUACUACGAUGCUCCCUCGAUUGCGCCCAGCUUGGACUUGAUCAAUCUGGGAACCUUUGACUUCGUCACCCCGCAACGCAAUCCGGAGGAGGCGGACUUUUCGGCGCCGACUUACGGGGCCGUUGGAGAGAAUCGCUUGGGACACUACAAUGUGGACUUCCAAAUGGAACACUGGCUGCUCCAGAGAGUGCCUGCCAAUAAGAUCCAUAUAGGAAUUGCCACCUAUGGCAGGACCUGGAAGAUGACCAAGGAUUCGGGUGACUCUGGAAUGCCAGUGGUUCAUGACACCGAAGGACCUGCUCCAGCAGGACCUCAGAGCAAAAAGGAGGGUCUCCUCAACUGGGCUGAGAUUUGCCAGCUGAUGCCGAACCCGGGUAAUUCCAAUGCCAGAGGACCGAGUGCCCCGGUUAAAAGGGUUAUUGAUCCCACAAAACGAUAUGGCAGCUACGCCUUCCGUGCCGCCGAUGAGAAUGGAGAUCACGGACUAUGGAUCAGCUACGAUGAUCCGGAUUCGGCCUCUGGAAAGGCAAAAUACGCCAGGGACAGGAAUCUGGGAGGAGUGGCGCUGUUCGAUUUAACCCAAGACGAUUUCCGUGGUCAGUGCACCCAGGAUCGAUUCCCCAUGCUGCGUGCCAUCAAGUACAGACUUCUCUAGGCCCAAUUCAGACCAUAAUCCAGACAUCACCAGCACGCAAAUGUCACAAGGAAAAUUGUGGGGCAGCUAAAACAAAUGUCAACCGAUCGGUGGCUUUAGGCCUCCUUCUGUGUCUGUCCCUUUUUGCAAAUUAAUUACAAAGUUGUAAACUAAAAUGCACCGCAAAUUAA